AUGUCUGGUAGAGGAAAAGGUGGAAAAGGUCUAGGAAAAUCCGGUGCUAAGCGUCACAGAAAGAUUCUUAGAGACAACAUUCAAGGUAUCACAAAGCCAGCUAUCAGAAGAUUGGCCAGAAGAGGUGGUGUUAAGCGUAUUUCCGCUUUGAUCUACGAAGAAGUCAGAGCUGUGCUGAAGACUUUCUUAGAGAACGUCAUUAGAGAUGCUGUUACUUACACUGAGCAUGCCAAGAGAAAGACUGUUACUUCUCUGGAUGUCGUCUACGCUUUGAAAAGACAAGGACGUACCUUGUAUGGUUUCGGAGGUUAG